GUGACGUCACUGAGUGCUUGUUUCCGGUUCCGGGGCGACGGUAUUUUUCGCAAACGGCAGACAAAAUGUUGACCCGACUGGCGCGGCUCGGGCCCGUUUUGCCGCGCUUACGCGCUCAUCUGCCGGUUCGAUUCGUGUCCCAAUCCAAGCCGAGCGGGGCCGUCGGUGCCAGCGUCGCGACGGAGCUGCAGCAGGCGGCACCGAAUGUCAGCCACGGGGAGGUCAGCCCGUAUGUCAAGAAUCCAGAUUUCCAUGGCUUCUCCUCUGACCCUGAGGUGGAUGUAUGGAACAUGAGAUGCGCCUUCUUCUUCGGUGUGUCUGUGUGUAUCGUCGUCGGAGGAACAUUCAUUUGCUACUUACCAGACCAUGGUAUGCGUGAGUGGUCCAGAAGGGAGGCUGAACGUCUCAUCCUGCAGAGAGAGAAGGAGGGUCUACCUCUGAUCACAGAAAACUACUAUGACCCCGACAAGAUUAUCUUGCCCAGCGUUAGCAAGGAGUAAAAUGAACAUGUAUUUCAGGAUUAUUGUAUGUCGUUAUAGUAGAAUAAUAAAUGAGCAAAUUGUUGAAUUAUUUUA